AGAGAAACUACUCCUACUACUAUUCUGUUCCCCCUCGCCCCAUCUCACGUACGCGACUGGGCUUGUAUACCUUACCUUACAGAUUCUGAUCGGUGACAAAAUACCGACGUUUGUUUCAUCAUAUCUACCGACCGCAGCAAGCCCUCGACGACCCGCGCGACCGUAUACGUUGUCUUUGUCGAUGCGCUACACCUGCUGCUCGGCACGCGAGUGAUUGAUCGGGUUUGGGACGUCUUCGGACUUGCGCGCGACAAGAGAAGAAGGGAGAAGGGAAGAGAGGAAGAGAGGAAGAGAGAAAGAGAGCGAGAAAGAAAGAUGCAUGGUAUCAGAACAGUACUCGUGGCAGCGGCCACCUGGAAUCUCGCGACGGCACAUACGGUCAUCACAUAUCCGGGAUGGCGAGGGAACAACCUCCACACCACAGGCGCAUUGCCCGAGACGAAUCCCGACUCGAUUGGGAUAGACUACAACAACAGCACGGGCGAGGUGGAAUUUCCGUAUGGCAUGCAGUGGAUGUAUCCAUGCGGUGGACUUCCCCAAGCCGAAAACCGAACCAAAUGGCCCGUCGGAGGAGGAGCAUUAUCCGUGCAACCCGGCUGGUUUCCCGGGCAUAAAAAAGCUCUCUUCUAUGUGAAUAUUGGCAUUAUCGAAUCUGGCAUGCAAGCUCCUCCGAAUUACUCGCAUCCUGUCGUGGGUCCGCUGGAGGUGACGGGUCCGAAUAAUACGCAAUAUCCGGGUCAAUUCUGCUAUCCUCAGGUGCGAAUGCCUGCCAAUGUUACGCUUGCUGUGGGUCAGAAUAUUACGAUUCAAGUUAUUGAAAUCGCGCAGCAUGGGGCGGCAUUAUACAGUUGCGUAGAUGUCACACUCGUAGAGCCCAAAGACAUGCCUCGAGAGAUGGAGGUCACGCCUCAGAAUUGUUACAACAGCUCCGAUCUGGGCUUCAAUCGCUACUUUACCACCGCUGCAUUGACGGCCGGCGCUUCGACGACGAUGACGACCUCUUCGAUAUCCUCUACACUUCUGGUCCUCGUCGCUGUGGUGUGGACGGGAAUGUACACGGCCUUUUUAUAGAACACUCGAUCGAGCUGGCUUUUUACGACGACAACGACUCUCUCUUUGAAAGACUUGUUCUUCAUCCUCCUUCUUUUACUCUUCUUCUUCUUGUGCAUACUAUUGGUCCUACUACUACUACUACUACUAUUACCACCUCCUCUACCACCAAAGAACAGAGAUCAGAUCUUGUUGUUGUUUGGCCUGCCCGAAAAAAAGAAAAAGAAAUGUGAUAUCCCAGCGGGAAAGGCCAAGCAGAAGCAGGUGGUUUCUUUUUUCUUUUGGCAAAUUUGUUGCAUACUCUCGAUAUUAAAAUGCAGACAGACAGCGUCUCACAGUCGCGAAGAAUAUAUCACAUC